UGCUCAGUGUCUCUCAGGGACUCUCAGCCUGCUCUCCCUCUGCGGCCUUUCUCCUUUGUGCUGACCAACUUUUGCACCCAACAACAACCAAGAACCAUGGCCCAGCAACAGCAGAUUAGCCUACCAGCUAAAUUGAUCAAUGGAGGGAUUGCAGGCAUGGUAGGAGUCACCUGUGUGUUCCCAAUCGACCUGGCCAAGACCCGACUGCAGAACCAGCGCAGCGGGCAGCAGCUCUACAAGAACAUGAUGGAUUGCCUCAUAAAGACAGUUAAAUCUGAAGGCUACUUUGGCAUGUACAGAGGUGCUGCUGUAAAUCUUACCCUGGUAACUCCAGAGAAGGCCAUCAAACUAGCUGCUAACGACUUCUUUCGCCACCAGUUGAGCAAGGAUGGGGGUAGGUUGACCGUGUUGAAGGAGAUGUUGGCGGGAUGUUGUGCAGGAAUGUGCCAGGUCACCAUCACCACACCCAUGGAGAUGUUGAAGAUCCAGCUGCAGGAUGCAGGCAGGCUAGCGGCCCAGCAGAGGGUGAUGCCUAGUGUGGUGUCAACUCUGAAGAUGGGAGGGACCAGUGCCGUUCUUAGCCGCUCCUAUAACGUCAGCCCUCAAGUCAUGCGAGUGUCCGCCAUACAGAUCACCAAAGAGCUGCUGAGUACCAAAGGAGUCACUGGACUGUACCGGGGACUUGGGGCCACACUGAUGAGGGACAUCCCGUUCUCCGUUGUGUACUUCCCUCUUUUUGCACAUCUGCACCAGCUCGGCCAACAUUCAUCUGAAGACCCAUCUGUGCCUUUCUAUUGGUCCUUUAUGUCUGGAUGCUUGGCUGGAUCGAUCGCCGCUGUGACUGUCAGCCCUUGUGAUGUGGUCAAGACAAGGCUACAAUCUCUCAAAAAGGGAGCAAAUGAGGAGACCUACAAUGGAGUAGUGGACUGUGUCAGAAAAAUCCUGAAAAAAGAAGGUCCUGGUGCGUUCCUCAAGGGGGCCAGUUGCCGGGCUCUGGUUAUUGCCCCACUCUUUGGCAUUGCCCAGGUUGUGUACUUUGUCGGAGUCGGAGAGUUCUUGUUGGGGUAUACUCCCUACAACAUCUACUCUGCAUAAACAAGCUGUUUCCAAGUCUCUCUGCUGUCUCAUUAAAUUACGGCAGCUAUGCCCUGGGCGCAGCAAUGGACUCAGCUCUCUGUUACUGUGUACCUUCUUUCUUGUUGGAGGUUUGGGGGUAAAACGCUAAAGGGACCAGAGAGAGAUGCCAUGUUAUUUCAAAAAUGGUUUCAACUUAUGCCUUUAGCCUGACUAUCUCUUAUCAAAGAGACUGAGAGAGAACCUUACCUGUUUGUGGGCUUUGGCAGAGCUUGUUGCAAGAAAAGAGAGUUCCUACCCUCACUGACUACACUGAUCACCGUUUUGCUCAGAACAGACUUGAUUGUACUCCUGUGGCAUCAAACCGUUCCCUCUGUUUUCUUAGAUGUAACACCCAACUCAACCUUGACUGUAAUCCUAACUUGCACAUCCCUCCACCUGCCAAGUGUGCCAAGUAUCAUCAACUCUGAAUGGCAGGAUAUUGAAACUUUACUUGAAUACCUUUAAUGCUGUUUUAAAGGGUCACAUGUAAAACAAAGGCAUGGAUGUCGAUUCCAGUCUGUGUAUAUACAAUAUAUUUGUUUUUAAAGUACAUAUAUUUUGGAAAAUAACUUCUUCCACAAGAUGAUUUCCACAUGCUGUCCUCGAAACAACUUGGAUGAGAAAAUAUCUGGAAAACAGAUUGCUUAAGUGGUCAUAGCUUGGAACAAAUUACAUUUUUGGAUCGUCUGUUCACCAGAUUGCGAUAUUUGGAUUCUGUGUUAUAUCACCUUGAGUAAAAAGGAGUGGUGGUUUUGAUUUCUGGAGUUAAAUUUUCCCCCCAAACAUGUGGCUGAUGUGAUUUUUUAUUGUGCACAGUGAAUCUCUUCUAUGGCAGCCUAGACAGUUCUGAUGAUUCAAACUUGAGCUCUGUGGCUAAAUAACUCAAUGAGGCCAACUUUGGAGAACUGCCUUUUCAUGGUAAAGGAAAGGAAAUUUAUGGCAGACAAGACUUAAUGGAUGGAUUCAUGAAGCUUUUGGGACCAAGUGAAACAUCUUCUAAACAUGUAGCCAUGUUCUCUUGGUUGAUUAUGGUUGUUUCGUUGGUUUCUUGUCAGUGUUGCAGGAGCACAAGCAAAUGUGUCCUGUUGGGCUGUUUGAAAGCAAACCUGCGCACAAUGUUGAUCUCAUCUGGAAAAUUUCAUGGCUCAAAAAUGCUUACGGUGCUUUUAACAAUGUAAAUAUGUAUUCUGUAUUUGUUUUUGUUUUGUUACACUUUUCUCAAACUGUGCAAGUUCGACUCCAACUAAGAGCGGUUUUGACUUUUCAGCACGUCAAUCCAGCCAGUUGAGAAAAUUAUUAUUUUUUAAGUUCAUUUUGGAAUUAUGCAUGUAAAUACAGAUUUCUAAAUGGUGAAUAAAUAUUUAUAAAUGC